AUGUCAUCGACGUCAUACGCGCCAACCCGCGCACGUCAAAAAGUUAAUAAAUACUCUAAAAAUACAAAGUGGUCUAAAGAGGAAGAUGAGCUUUUCCAAAAGCUUAUGAAGAGUGUUCCUCGUCCAGAAUGGGGAGAACUUGUUCCAUUUUUCCCAGGAAAGAGUGCUGUACAGAUUGAAGAGAGAUGGGAAAAGGUUAUUAAUCCUGAUCUCAUCAAGGGAAGCUGGACUCCUGAAGAAGAUGAAACCAUUAUCAAAUUCGUUAACCAAUACGGUGUGAAGAAUUGGACUAAACUUGCUGAACUACUUCCUGGAAGAAUAGGUAAGCAGUGCCGUGAGAGAUGGCGCAAUCAUCUCAAUCCAGAAGUUAACACUUCUCCUUUCACACCAGAAGAGGAUGAGUUACUCAUAGAAUUACAUGCCAAAAUGGGAAACCAAUGGGUUAAAAUAUCAGAAAUAAUGAAAGGUCGCAGUGACAACGCUGUGAAGAAUCGUUGGAACUCGACUUUGAAGAAAAGAUUAGAAUAUGAUAAGACCGGAGCUACAAGACCUAGACGUGGACGUCCAAGUUCUUCAGCUCCUAAGUCAGCUGAUGAUGUUCCUAAGCCACCUAAAUUCGAAGAAAUUGUAAAGGAAACAAUUAAGGCUGCAUCACCAACUCUACCAACUCCGAUGAUGACACCAUCAAUAACAGAUAUUCCAUUUAGCUUGAAGAGCCCAUUUAGUUCACUUAAAUCACCAUCAAUACUUAGAUCACCAUUUACUUUGAUGUCUCCAAGUAUAUCACAAUGGUCACCUGGUGAUUUGGGAACUGGAAUACUUUUCUCUCCAAAAUUAGCAUCUCCAUCUCGUGGAUUUAAUGCUGAUUCAAUUAUGGAGCCAUCGGAAGUGAACUUGUUAACACCUAUGUUUGAGAAGUAA